AUGGAUUUCAAGACGAUGCAUGAUGCUGCGUAUGAGCUGAUGUGUGUCUUGAACUUCAAGGAGGACAUCAACCCGCAGUACCAAAAGAAAGAAAAGAAAAGGCCUUACAUGCCGCUCCCUCUUCCCAAAGUCGUUCUCCAGACCUUACCAAGCUCGUCUGCGAUCUUUGAAAUAAUCUCCACGCCGCAUGAAUCACAGCUUAACACCCGUGUCAAACCGCCUACUGCCACCGAGCAAAAACAAGAGCCCAAAGAGUGCUCUGGUUCGAAUUCCGCUUCUCAGAAAGGAACGAGGCCCAAAGGACCAGCAAAUGGCGUCCAGAAGUCCAGAGUCAAGCCAAAGAAGGAUGACAGAUCCCUCGCGGGGCGCAUCGAAGCUGCCGAAAUGCAAAAAGAGGCCCGGGAAAUUGGGCCGUGGUCGAAACUCUUCCACGGGAGAGAAGAGGCGGCAGAGCUGCAGCACAGGAUUUGGCAGCUCGUGUUUCGUUCAUCAAAAAUCCGCAGGCAGGAAUGCUCCAAGAUUGGGAAGGGCGGAAGGGAAGAGUCAAAACCCAAGCGAUCUAUGAACAGUUUCAUGCUCUAUCGAAAGACAUAUCAGGACGCGGCCUGCGCCUAUUUCCGCAACCACCACCAUCAGAAGAUCAGCCAGCUGUGUGGUCUGGCUUGGAGCCUCGAGCCGGUCGAAGUUAGGGCUACAUUCAGCGCCCUGGCCGUUUUUGAGCACAUUGCGCUGUACGAAGCCUUCCCAGACUAUGUAUUCCAACCGAUGAAGAAUGAAGAAAAAGGAAAGAUGACGGGACGAGUCAAGAAGGAACAAGGUCACGGCGUUGGACUCACGGCCAACUUAUCUGCCACCACGAUCCGACAGCUCCAGCGUCAGCCCAUCACUGCACGGCAUUUCAAUCAACUUGCCCACAGGCCGCCGUACGGACAGAGUAUCGGGAAAUUGCAUCAUGCAGCGCCGAAAACCAUGGACGUUACGUAUUGGAGGCCUCCAAUGGCGCAGUUGGGAACGGCAAACCGAAGGCCACCGACCAUGGACAAUUACUAUAUUCAGAGCACUGGACUCUCAAACAGUCUAUCUACCCCUGGAGUGGGCCUCGGCUAUCCUCAGCUACCCUUCGAUAGCACCUUCAUUAACGAAUUCAUGGCGAUGGGCGUCAAGAGCGAGUCUUCACUCUUGGAUGAGAAUGCAGCUACCAUUCUCGGCUCGGGCUCUCUCAGCAGUAUGUCUGGAACCCACCCAUACAUGCAAGGGACAUUUCCUUUGAUAGCACAGCAGUUUGACGGGUUGACGGGGGGAGAAUUCGGGACGCAUCUUGGAGACUACGGGCUAGUUGACGAUAUCAAGUGGGAAGACUAUCUGCACUGUUAGGAGCAUUCAUUCGGAGUUUGGUUUGCCAUGCAUUUACCACGGGGCGAGUUGCGGCGUGCACAGGUCGGGAGCUCAGCAUUUCACGUUGUCUCCCCCCUUAACCUCCCUUUUGUCGAACAGCAUUAGCAUCCAUGGGCCUGGAGUUGUUGCAUCAGCAUGCCCAAGGCCUCCGGCGUAGCAUAUG